UUUGUGAAUCUGUGACUUGGAAUAACCUUAUUUUUUUUGGAAAAAAAUAAUAUUUUUUAUUAUUAUAAUUCUUUCUGAAAUUGAAAAUACUUUCUGAAAUCAUUUUCUACCUAUUUAUUUUAUUUCGUAUACAAAUUCUCUUUGUAAUUAAUUUUGAAUUUGACCUAUACCUAUAUAAGAUAUUGAGAAGUAUAAAAACUUAUUCGUUUUAUAAAUAUAUAGGACAGGAUAAAAAGAUGUUACAGCCAGUAAUGCAUACGUUAAAGAAUAAAUUUAUUGUACUGGCUAGCGGUUCUCCAAGACGAAAAGAACUUAUCGAAAAUAUUGGCUUAAAAGUCACUUUGUGUCCAUCAACUUUCGAAGAGAAUUUAAACCCAAAAGAUUUCAAGAGUUUCUCUGCAUUUGUUGAGGAAACUGCUCUUCAAAAGGUGCUGGAAGUUGAUCGCAGACUGGCUCACGAGGGGAGACCGCCAGAUGUAGUGAUCGGUGCUGACACAAUGGUCACUCUUGAUGGCAACAUGUUUGGGAAACCGACAAGUGAAGAAGAAGCAUUCCAAAUGCUGUCUAGUCUCUCAGGCAGAGGUCACACAGUGUACACUGGAGUUGUUAUCAAGGCCUUCGACAAAGUUGUCAAGUUCACAGAGAGUACUAAUGUUUUCUUUGGAAAUAUUGAUGAGAGUCAGAUAAGGGCAUACAUUGCUACUGGGGAACCAAUGGAUAAAGCCGGUGGUUACGGCAUCCAAGGUGCCGGCGGCACAUUGGUGGAGAGAAUCGAAGGUGACUAUUUCACUGUGGUUGGUUUGCCGCUCUAUAGACUGUGUUCUACUCUCUAUAAUAUGUUCAGAGAUGGCGCCAGUGGUAGUUGAUUAGAAAACUGGACAGAUAUUAGUUAUUAAACUCCCUUAAAAAAAUAAAUGAAAUGUGACGUGCAUUAUAUAAUCUAAGUAGGAGCAUUAUUUUUAGCAAAAUCUAUCUUUUACUAGUUUUUCUAAUGAUUGAGUAACAUUAACACUACAAUUCUUGUUAUAGCUGGUUGGUAACAUUAAAAUCUCUUGAGAUAGUACAAAAUUAUGUACAUUCCGUGCAUUUAUUAGCAAUGUAAAGGUACAAUUUAAAAUAAAUGGAGAUAUCAGGCGAUAAAAAAGGGUAAAAAAUAAAGCAACCCAAGAAUACAGGGGAGUUCCCCGCGAUUUUCAAACAAGACUUGUUGGGAAUUCCCCUGUAUUUUUUUUUAAAUAAGUUGCCAUUAUUAAAGUCGCGUUCUUAGAAUGUGGUUUAUUUGUAUACCGAAUGUGGGAGAAAUUGUCACUAGUUCAAUUUAUAGUUUGUAAGUUAGAGUUCGAGGGGCGCCCUGAGUUUGGGGGUCCGGGGCACGGCCCUAUCUAGUCCUCUGGUUACUGUACUUUUUAAUGGGUGAUAAUGAUAUGGUAACCUCGGCUGCCCUAUCGGUAUACACUUGCAGGACACCAGUGAGACAUGAUAAAUCAGGAUGAAAAGGCAAGUCAGUUAGCCCAUCCUGACGAAUUCAACUAAAAUUAACCAACGAUGGUUUCCAGGAAGAACCACGUGGAGGUCGAUCUGAUAUUGUAUAUUGUUAGUAAUGGGGCUGUUUGACCCCAUUACUAACAAUCCCUUCCCCCUAUUAUUGUAUUGUCAUGACAUAAAAAUAAUUAAACAUUUUGGUUUAAUGUUACAGUGAUGUUAUGGUUGUUUUGUUAGAUUGUCAUGUACUGGUCUGAAACAUACACUUAGGUAUGUUCAUAUUUGGUAUACUGUAGUGUUUAAAUUCUGUGAUUAUGUCCCUAUAUAAUUUCAUUGUUAUAUAAUUAAUAUAUAAUUUAGAUAUUGUUGAGUUUUUAUUAAACGUAAGUGACAUAUUGUUAUGUUUUUUUUUCUAUGAAUCUAUAAAAAUAAGAAUUGUAAGUAGCUAUGUCAUUUUUACCUCAUUAAAUGAUAGCAAUUC